AUGAAGAGCCCGCUGGACACACGAAAUUACCGUGCGCUGACCCUGGGCAAUGGCAUGAGGGUCCUUCUGGCAUCUGAUCCAGACGCAGUCACAGCUUCGAGCGCCCUAUCCGUCCACGUGGGCUUCUACUCGGAUCCCGAGGAUAUUCCCGGGCUCGCACACUUCUGCGAGCACAUGCUUUUUCUGGGUACCAAAGAGUACCCAGAGGAGAACUCCUUCGAAAGCUUUCUGGUUGCGAACUCUGGCAGCCAAAAUGCUUUCACAUCA